AUGGCAGUUGCAAGUGUAGUCACCCACCCUGGCAAGACCAUCCUCGAUUACUACAGGAAUGACAGCACAGUGCUGUCCCUGUAUGGAAACCUGGUGAAUGACACAGACUUCAUGUGCAACAAGAGGGAGGUCAGGCAGUUUGCUCAAGCCUUCCUGCCAGCAUUUUUCUGGCUCAUCUUCUCUGUGGGCACGGUGGGAAACACCUUGGUCGUGCUCAUCUAUUGCAAAUACCGCUUCAGGAGGAACAUGAUGGAUCGGUAUCUGCUGCACCUGGCCAUUGCGGACCUGCUCCUCCUCUUCACCCUCCCCUUCUGGGCCACGGCUGCCUCCGAUGGCUGGAUCUUCAAGAACUUCAUGUGCAAAGUUGUCAACAGCAUGUAUAAGAUCAACUUCUACAGCUGCAGCUUGUUUCUAACGUGUAUCAGCUUUGACAGGUACAUCACUAUUGUCCAGGCGACGAAAGCUAAAACUUCUAAGCGAAGGCGACUCCUACGCAGCAAACUCAUGUGCUUGGCUGUCUGGCUGAUGUCUGUGAGCCUGUGCAUCCCAGAAAUUGUGUACAGCCAAAGCACGCGGGUGGGUGACCUAACAGUUUGCAAAAUUACAUACUCGCCAAACGUCACCAUGAUCUUCAGAGUUACUGUCCUGGCCUUGAAAGUCACAGUCGGAUUCUUCCUCCCGCUCCUUGUCAUGGUUAUUUGUUACGCCCUUAUUAUCAACACCCUUGUGCAAGCCAAAAGAUCUCAAAAGCAGAAGUCCCUGAAGAUCAUUACCAUGAUCAUCACCGCUUUCCUUCUCUCUCAGUUCCCGUACAAUAUUGUUUUGCUGGUCAAAGCCAUCAACACCUACACCAGGGUGGCAUACAGCUGUCAGUUCACCAACUGGCUGGACAUUGGGCUGCAGGUCACCCAGAGCAUUGCCUUCCUCCACAGCUGCCUCAAUCCCUUCCUCUACGUCUUUGCUGGGCAGCGGUUCAGGACAGCGCUGCGCAGGAUGAUGCAGAGCGGCGGCUGCUGCCGGAGCGGGGGCCAAGAGCAGUGCUCUUCUGCCUGCGACAGCCGGGAGCACAGCUCAAACUGGUCCUUUGCCAUGCUGGGCAGGCGGCGGGUGAGAAGCUCGCUGACCCUCAGCACCCAUUUGACCUCCUCCAUUAUGCCCCCUCCUUGCCAAGUCCUCUUGUAA